AUGGAGACCAGUAUUAUACCUGUUGAUGAAGCUAAGUCAAGAAAGAGAGUCAGUGAUAAAAGUAAAUGGAAAAAGGAAGUAACAAAAAGGACAAGUAUUUUAAGAUCAUGGCAUUUUAAAUUUUCCGAGGCUAAAAGAUUUAUAUUAACAAAAAAUAUAAAAGGCAAUGUUGUUCUUAAGGGCGAAGCAUUUUACAACUCUGACGUUGCAGUUGCGAGAUCUAUUCUUAAAAAGGGAAAAAAUCUUUCCACUUAUAAUCCUCCUGAUAUCCCAAAAGGAAUACCUUUAAAACCUGAAAAACUAGAAGAUAUCAGAAAACUAUUAGUUAGACAUUUUGGAGAGGAAUGGUCCACUAGGGAUGAUGUGACAUUUUACAAUUUUGAAAAUAAUACCGGUGAAUCGAUUGAAAACGAACAGGAACCUGAACAGUAUGUUUUUUGUGAGUUAAGAGAAGACGAGACAAAUAAUGAACUUAGAAUUUAG